ACUUGCAUUUUGCAUGCAUCUCGGUAGGGAUACAAACAUUAGCACACUGGGGGUGUUUACUUCAAAGUUAAUAAAUACACGAGUGAAUAUGUAUUUUUAUAUCACAUUUAUUAAUAUAUUAUACUGGGACAGUAUAAUAACACUCAUAAGUUUGUUUACAUUUUAAUGGAAAAUCAACACUCAACCGUCAAUACUUUUAUUUCUGACACAACGUCGUACUAUUUUUAAUAUCACAAACCUCUGUGAUUAAACAAAAUUUAAUUAUAUGUAUGUGUAUUACGAUUGAAUGAAACCUAUAUAUUAUUAAUAUUAGCAACCCCAGCAGAUCUUAUCUUAUCAGUGAAAGAUCUAAGAAAAUCAGCUAAUCUGCAUAGUGGUUCCAUUGCAAGUUAUUUUUAUAAAGUAUCUUAAAUAAAAUCAAAAUAAUAUAAAUGCAGAUUGAAAGAAAAAUAAAUUCUCUUUAAUAUGAUAUAAAUUUUAAUAAUAUUUAGUUUAUAUUCGCUGCUUAACAAUCUAUAUUGGAUUCAAGUACAACGUCUGUGCAAAGACCUAUCAAUAUACAUAUAUUGUAUAUUGAUAGGUCUUUGGUCUGUGUCCCAUUUCCUUUGUUUACUGCAUUUUCGAGUACCUGCGCUGACACCCGGUUGUUUACAACACAUUUGCGACCUGACAAGGUCAUUUGAAUAUUAAUGAAUGAUAUAUUUAUGUUCACCAAUGAAAAACGUUUCCGAUGAUAUUCGCGAAAUUGUGCUAUGUUAAUUCUACGCGACGAAAAGUAGUCCAAAAGUCUAUGAAAGUUUCUUCAAAAUAUAAUGUUUUUUUAUUAUUUUGCAUAGAAAAUCACAAAAUAUUAGCUCUGAUGUUUCUUUUGGUACCAGAAUUAUAAAUUGGAAACGAUAUAAAGUACGUUGCAUUUAACAUUAAAAAGCACGUGUUUGGGAAUUUUCAACUAGGCCAGAGGUCGAAAUAGCGGCGCCAUAUUGGAAAAUUCGAUUAAGCUGGUAGCGUGAUCGAUAACCGUGAUUUCUUCAACAAUUACUUUAUAUAAACCUAGAAAAACGAUAGCAAUCAAAUUAUUCAAAACAAUUAUGAAUAACAACAGAACUGGAAAUACCCGCGGGCGUGGGAGACCAAAGAAACGACAGUUUCAACAGAAAAAGGAAGGAAGACCAGAUGAUGUUGUUAAAAAGGAUAAGUAUAUGGUUGCUCAGUCUACCACACAGGAAAGUAUAGAAAAAUCCAAUGCUAAUACAAAUGUAAAUAAAACAACAACAAAAAUUUUAACUUUACAAAAUUUGCUUACUCUUGGCCCAAUUAAUGUUUUGUCCGUCACAACUGACUUUGGUCUACAGGAUUCUGUUUUUGGACCCUGGGAGUAUAAAAAUGAUCAUAACUGCAUCGUAAAGUAUACCAUUCAAGGCUCAGACAUCAGUCAUUCAAUUCGCCUUGAUAACAUGUUAACAAGAGGAAUACCAACUACUGAAAGAUCAUCCCUCGCUUUCCGUUGGUAUUCAUGGAUUCGUUUGAAGGCCAUUGCAAAUCAAAAAAACUUACCAAUAAACUCAGUGCUGACAAAUGAGGGUCAAUUUCUUUCACUUCUACACGAAGUAAAUCUUUAUUACACUAAAUGUUCAAAAGCUUGUAGAGAUGAAGGCUUAGAGCCAAAUCGUGGACCACAAUCCCAUGAAGAUGCUUGCAAUUUAGAGCGCCUUCAUUAUUAUGGAAAGGGCACAAUAAAAUACUACAGAAAAACAACUUUCUUGCAGCUAGUUGCAAAAAGAUAUGGAGAAAAUGUAAAGGCUGAAUAUUUGGUAAACCCAACUACACGACUCAUAAGUUGCACAGACUAUGAGGAAAUAUUAAGGGACGUUCAUUCAGAAAUUAUCCACAAUUAUUCAAGACACGAAAAGUUGUUAAAGAACUUUGCUGGGCCUCAAUGUAAUGAGGAUCGUCCUAAUAAUGAAAGGAUCAACUUUGAUGUCAAAUUUACAUCUUCCUCUUCUAAGGCAAAACAGGAACUUAAGACAGACUCGGACUUGCCUUUACAAAAAGUAUUAGAACCAACAGAAGCAGACACGAGCGAAUUUUACCUUAGAAAAUGCAAUCUUUGCAGCAAAGUCCGAUGGUUAGGAAAGAGAGCAGCUGAAAAGUUUGUCUUGGGCUCAUAUGUAUAUGGUAACCUUCAUAAACAAGUACAUUUCUCCUGCAAUCUGCUUCAUGGCACUUCAUGUGAUGAGGAAAAUGACAUUAUUCCUCUUCCAUGUUCUGAACAAAGUCCACAACUAUGGGUAGCAUACAACAGUCUGCACGAGUCAAAACUGACACCAGUUGCUUUUGUGUUGAAAACAAUAAGCGAAGUUAGUGCAGGUGUUGAACAUGUUCAGAUAAUGGCAAAAUAUGCAUGCACGAGUCAAGAAUUUGACAUAAUCAAAGGCAUGGCAGUAUACACUCAGUCUCUGCCUUCGGCAUGUGUGAAGUUUGUUCAAUCUUUGACAACUGGUCGAUUUAAGUCUUAUAAAGAAAUCCCCCAUUUUAAAAAAGGAAAGCUUAAUAUAACAAAACCACGCGAAGCUCUUGUUUGUCAAUCAUGGUUAGAUCAUAGCGAGCUGUCAUCUGAAGACCCAUCUGCUCGGCACACUGUGCUAAAUCUAAGUGGAAUUCGUGAUCUCCAUGCAACAUAUGGUGCCAUGAAAAUGAUUCAUUGCUCUCAAUGUGGAAUGUGUUCACCAGGAUUUGAAGCAGAUGCAGAUAAAUGUAUACAGGUCCCUGAAGCUGGCCAACAGAUUCCACUGUCAAACUCUUUUCUUCUGCAAGCUUUAAAACAGUCUCAGGUCUUAGCAGGGUCUAGUGUCACUCUCGACUCAGCAUUUUCAAGUGCUAUAGUUUAUAAUGAUGAAACAGUAACAGGGAUUUGUACAAAUUGUUCAAAAUUUUGUAAAAUUGAGGAUGGAAUUGUAACAUUGCUGCACAAAAAUUCUGCUGCUGAAGAGAGUUCUCAGGGAACCACUGUUGACAGUCAGCAAUCUAUUAAUGACAAUAUUUCAAAUAUAAACCCUUACGGUCCUGAAAAUCUGAUGGCUCUUGAUAUUUUUCAAGAUGAGGCCUCAUAUCAGCAUUCAAUGUUCAUGGACACUUUAUCGCAGGCUGAAAAACUAGUUCUAUCACCGAUCCAUGCUGUAAUAGUUAUAUUGCGUUCUCGAACUAAUAAUAUCCCAUUCUCCAGAUAUGGAUCAAUAUCUUUUGCGAUAAAAGAACCAGUCAAAACUAAAGCUCUUCCUUGGCACACUUUUCAAAAGUUGCCAUUUGUUAUCAUGGUCUCUAAGCAAGAAGAUGGAAGCAUUAAUGAAGCUAAAAUUAAUAUGGCAAAGAUUGUUCAUGCAAAAGAGCUUAUGGAGCGUGAAGUGACUUGUCCUGUGUAUGGUACCAAAAGACCAUUUUACAGGUACUGUGAUAAGGUUCAUACACCUUUUACAGUAGCUGCCAUGGAGAAUCUAGCAAGUCAGCUAUCAGAUACAAGCACUGCUGUUUACCCAAAUGGUUUUGAGAAAAAUCAAUGUUGA